AUGGCUGCUCACUUUUCCAACGGAAAUGGCGCAUUGUCGCCCGCCUCCGGCUAUGAAGGAACAACGCUCCAGGAUCUGCCCAAGUCAUGGCAUUUCACCGAGUCCCUUCCUGCAGAUUCGAUGUUCCCGACACCUGCCGACUCACACAAAACUCCCCGAGAUCAGAUAGGUCCCCGACAAGUCCGCAAUGCCAUAUACACUUGGGUGCGCCCUGCCGAACAGAAGGACCCGGAGCUUCUAGCUGUCAGCCCGGCCGCGAUGCGUGACCUGGGAAUCAAGCUGGGAGAGGAAACUACGGACGACUUCAAACAGAUGGUAGCUGGAAAUAAGCUAUAUGGAUGGGAUGAAGAGAAGCUCGAGGGUGGGUAUCCCUGGGCGCAAUGCUACGGAGGAUUUCAAUUCGGUCAAUGGGCUGGCCAGCUUGGCGACGGUAGAGCUAUCUCCCUCUUCGAGUCAACCAAUACUACAUCUGGCGAGCGAUAUGAGCUUCAACUCAAGGGCGCCGGUCUGACACCUUACUCACGCUUUGCCGACGGAAAGGCUGUCCUGAGAUCCAGUAUCCGAGAGUUUGUCGUCUCAGAGGCACUGAAUGCUCUCAAAAUCCCCACCACUAGAGCUCUAUCACUCACCCUACUGCCAGAAUCCAAGGUUCGUCGAGAAAGGAUUGAGCCGGGUGCGAUAGUACUGCGGUUUGCACAGUCGUGGGUACGCCUCGGUAACUUUGAUAUUCUGCGAGCGAGAGGAGACCGCAAGUUGAUUAGACAACUUGCCACAUACAUCGCUGAGGAUGUCUUUGGCGGUUGGGAUAAGCUGCCUGCUCGACUGGAAAACCCGGACAAGCCUGUCGACUCUCCAGAACUCAAGCGUGGAGUUGCUGCCGACAGCAUUGAGGGUGCAGAUGGUUCUGAGGAAAACCGAUUUACGAGAUUCUACCGUGAAGUCGUGCGUCGCAAUGCUAAAGUGGUGGCUCACUGGCAAGCGUACGGAUUCAUGAACGGUGUCUUGAACACAGACAAUACCUCCAUCUAUGGAUUGUCGAUAGACUUUGGCCCCUUUGCUUUCAUGGAUAAUUUUGAUCCUGCAUAUACACCGAAUCACGAUGAUUUCGCACUUCGCUAUAGUUAUAGAAACCAGCCCACCAUUAUUUGGUGGAAUCUGGUUCGCUUUGGCGAGGCCAUCGGCGAGCUCAUGGGAGCAGGGGCCAACGUCGACGACGAGACCUUUGUGACAGAGGGUGUUAAAAAAGAGCAAGAAGAGGAAGUCGUGGCAAGGGCCGAGAAACUCAUUACACAAGCUGGAGAAGAGUUUAAGGCUGUAUUCCUUGCUGAGUACAAGCGACUCAUGACUGCUCGCCUGGGACUCAAGACGCACAAGGAUUCCGAUUUCGAUGUGCUUUUUAGUGAGGCCCUCGACACUUUGGAAGCCUUGGAGCUCGACUUCCAUCACUUCUUCCGCCGACUUAGCAAGAUCAAGUUGCAGGACUUGACCACCGAAGAAGCUCGCAAGGAGAAGGCGUCCGUCUUCUUCCACAAAGAAGGCCCCCCAACCACCGUCUCUGAAGAAGACGCCCGAGCACGCCUAGCUAUUUGGCUCGAGAGCUGGCGGGAGCGCAUCAUCGAAGAUUGGAAGGACGAGGGAGACAGCGUAUCAGACGCAAAGGACAUCGAGAGAAUCGACGCGAUGAAGCGUGUGAACCCUAACUUUGUGCCUCGCGGCUGGAUCCUUGACGAACUCAUCCAACGCGUAGAGAAGGAUGGCGAGAGAGACGUAUUGAAUCGCGUCAUGCAGAUGUCUUUGAACCCAUUCGAAGAUCGCUGGGAUGGCGAACCGUUUGAUGGCAAGACAUACAAUGGCGACAAGGACGAGGAAAUUCGAUGGACGGAUGACCCCCCAAAGACUGAGCGAGCUAUGCAAUGUAGCUGCAGUUCUUAG